CGCCACCAUGGAUAUCCGCGUACUUCAGCUCUCCGAUAUCCCGCACGUCCAGCAAACGAACAUUACGAACCUGCCCGAAAACUACUUUUGCAAAUACUACAUGUACCAUGCCUUGAGCUGGCCACAAUUGAGCUACGUAGCCGUAGACGUUUCAAGACCUCAGAAAACACCAUAUGACGCACCCAAGAUUGUCGGUUAUGUACUGGCAAAGAUGGAAGAAGAUCCGCAAGACGGAGUUCAGCACGGUCAUAUCACAUCACUCAGUGUCAUGCGUACACAUAGACGAUUAGGGCUAGCGGAGAAGCUCAUGCGCCAAAGUCAAAGAGCCAUGUUCGAGACAUGGGGAGCACAGUAUGUGUCCCUGCAUGUGCGCGAGUCCAACAUCGCCGCAUUAUCGCUAUACAGAGAUACGCUCGGCUUCAAGGUGAUUGCCACGGAGGCGAAAUACUAUGCCGAUGGUGAGGAUGCGUACAGUAUGCGCAUGGAUUUGGACUUUUUGCGGAAUGAGAUUGACGAGGACUCUGAUGACGAGGGAGUGCAAGAUGAAGGCGAUGCCGUGGGAAGUAUUGAGAAAGCUGGUGGCGAUGCUUCUGCUGCUGCUGCUGAGGGAAAAGAGAAAUUGCGGAAAGUGAAGGUUGGGAGACAGCUCGGUGUGGGUGAACUCGUGGAGCGGAAUGAGAGCUCGCAGCCUUCGUAGUUGUGGGCCAAUGCUCUGACAGAUGACUUUAUGCCACAUCCAGUCGAUGAGGUCAAGAGGGACAUGAUUCGUGGGCUUCGGAUCGCACGUCGUCAACACACUCUACAUGACAGACACGGGUCCGACGAGCGAAAGAUCAAAGAUGCAGCCCUUCUUCACUACCUCCUUCCCUCGUACCAAUUCAUCGACAGCUUUAUCUAAGAAUCAAGCGCGUGGAAGCCUUCUCCGCCUUGAUCGAAACACACCCUGAUAAUAUUCGGCUGAUCUUUCGCAAUUGGUCAAGAGAGCCUGUACGGCAUAGGUAGUUCUACCAAGGAGCAGUUGAGUUGUAGUCACCUAGACAGUGAGUGAAGGCACAGAUCUCAAGGUAUGUGUAUGUGUACUUGG